AUGACAUCAACUGGUGGGAGCUCUUUCGCGUCCGGUAGAACGGCUGUGUCUAGUGGAGAUGCGGCGGUGCGUUCACGAACCUUGGCGGCAGGAGGCGGUGUUUCGGGCGGCUAUGGCGGGCUGUGGAGUGGGCUACGGUUGUUGGCGGCGGCUCCAUCUGGCAGUGGCUUGCAUUGGUCCGGCAGUGUUCGCUUUUGCUGUGUGUGGUCCCCCUCUCCCUUUGCUUCUGCAGCUCCUUGGGUUGAUGUGGCGAGGGCCUUUUGUGGGUGCUCUUCUCAGCUCUGGUCAGUUAGUUGCUCUCGCCGGAUUAUUUGGGGGUCGGCGUCGAUGCGUCUCUUCCUGGUGGUCCAGAAGGUGUGUCCUUUGGGAGGGUGA